AUGAAAUAUUAUAAUAGUACAAAUGUUGUUACAACACAUACUACGUCGUCAAUUAAUACAAUGGAUUCUGAAACGAGAGGUUGUGAAUCUGAUAUAUUAAUAUUAAUAAUGAAAAUUCAACCAAUAUUUUUAUUAAUAUUUGGUUUUAUAGCAAAUUUAUGUUCAUUUAUUGUUCUUAUACAACCACGUUUACGUCGUCGACCAACAUUUUCAUAUCUUGCUUUUCUUAGUUUAUCAAAUUCAUUUUUAUCUUUAAUUCAUGCUUUUUUUACUAUUACUGGUGUUUAUUUUGGUUUAACUUUAGAAAAUCUAUCAUUAUUUAUAUUUUGUCGAUUAUUAAAUCGAUUUUUAAUUGAUUUUUUAACACAUUUUUCAUUAUUUACAUUAACAGCCGUUGAUCUUGAUCGUUGUCGUACAGUAACAUCAAAAAUAACUGUACAUCAACGUUAUAAUUAUGAAGAUAGUAUGCGACGAAAUGGUUGUGCAAAAGCAUUUAUUCGUGUUUGUUUAAUUGAAUUAUCAUUUGCUUUAGUUUUAUUUUUUCUUAAUUUACAUUGGUUAACAUCAUAUGGUUAUAUAAAACAACAUAUCAAUUUAAAUGAUACAACAAAUAUAACAAUGUGUACAAUUGCAGAUAAAAAUGGUUCUCUAUCAUUUUAUGGAAAAUAUUUAACAUCUAUUUUACCAAUUAUUGAAUUGAUUUUAUUUGGAAUUUUACCUUUUUCAAUAAGUUUUGUUACAACUAUAAUUAUAUUAAGACAUGUAUCAACCAAAUAUACAUCCUUAAAUUCUCAUAAUAGACAUUUAAGACAUUCACGUCGUCGAAUUGAAUUACAUUUAUCAAUAUUACUUAUUUCACUUAAUUGUGUAUAUAUAUUAUUUACUACACCACAUAAUAUAUUCAGUGUAUAUAUAGGACAAUUACAUAGUGAAUUAGAUAAUAAGCAUGAAAGUGAAGAUGAAUUAUGUUCAAUAGCUUUUACACAAAAAAGUUUAGAUUUAUUACAACAAUGUUAUUUUAUGUCAACAUUUUUUCUAUAUAUAUUAACAAAUAAACGUUUUCGAGAAGAAUUCUAUCGAGUAAUACAAUGUUUUAUAUUUAUAUUAUGUCGAAAUACGAAUACAAAUAAUUCCCAAAUACAAAUAUCAACGUACCGUAAUCGAAUUCUUAAUAAUAAUAAUAAUAAUAAUGGUGACAAUCAUCAUCAUAUUAAUCAAAAUUAUUUAAUAGCACCAUCUCGUGAUAUUUCCGGAAGUUGGAGUUCUAUUAGUGAUGCUUUAGAAGCAAAUGAAUUAGUUUCAAUAUUAAAUAAUAAAUGA